AUGCUGGAUCCCGAGACCACCAGUCUUGCCCAGACGCAGGCGCCUCGAGACGCCCUCGCGGCCUCGCCCGCGGGACUCGCUGCAGACCGAGACCUUUCUCCUCCUCUUUCUCAACUUCCCCCGCCUCCUCUCGUCCUGCUCGAAGGCGCGGGCGAUCCUGCGGCCGCGCCGUUCGUUGUGAUUGAGGAAAGCAUCGCCCAGCCAGUCUCCGCAGCAAACACCGCAGGCCUCCAGGCGGCGCCGGAGGACGCCGGGCCUUGGAGGGAGUGGAGGGGCGAGGCGCCGGGCGAGGGCUCGGGCCCCCGCGAAGGAGGGAGAGGGGACAAGGGGAACUUUGAGCAGAGAGCUGAUGAACCGCGAACGAGGCAGAGACUUGGGCGACUCGUUCUCGAGACUGCAGAGAGUGAGGCCGUGCUCAAGAAUGCUUCGGAGAAGCCGCUCGGCGACGGCGAGGGAAGGGCGCCGGGAGAGAACGCAGAACACGAAGGGAAGAGCGAAAAAGACGCGCUCCAGAGACAGAAGGAAGGCGAGAACGAAGGCGUCAAAUUCGCCCAGCGUGGAGAGCUACGUGGAGAGGAGGCGGGACAGACUGCAAGGCUGGGGAGACCGGCAGAGAAAGGAGAGCACAGCGAGCGCGGUGCAGAACGAGAGUCUUCGGCUCGUGAGGCAGACGCGAGAGCCGAGGGCCGCACACCGAGAGAUGGAGAAAAAGAACCGCCCGCAGAAGUCUCCCAAGCGUCUUCAGCCGUUCAGGCGAGCGGCGGGAGCCGCGCGUCGUCGUCUGGUCUCGCGUCUCUGUCUUCGUUUUCAGCAUCCUUUGCGUCCUCGCUCUCUUCUGCGUCUUGUGCCUCUGCAUCGUCAUCUGCGGCUCCGGCUCGUGUGUCCGGUUUCGCCCCGCUCUCCUCUGUGCCCGCUUCUUCUUCCACCUCUUCGUCCUCCUCCCCCGCUUUGUCUUCGUUGCGCGUGGGGCCUGUCGCCACUGAGCAGGCGCCGUCGUUCGCGGCAAUUCGCGCGAGCUUGCUCCGCGCGGUCUCCGUGAGCCCCAGCGAGCUCGACCCACGCGUGCUUCGUCUUCUCAGUCUCGCGAACGCGCUUGAGGAAGAGACGCCCGCAGAGCCUCAGGGCCCGGCCGGCGCGGAGGCGAGGGACGCACGAUGCGCGGGGGGGACAGCCAAGGCGGAACAGGAAGAGACGCGUCGUGAGGCCUGCAUCGCGCUGGAGGAGAAGGAAAGGAACGGUACGCCUGCAAGGAAAGCUGGGAGCGCUGCCGAAGGCGAGAAAGCUGGAGGGCGGGUGCAGAGCCUCGAGCAUGCUCCUGCUCAGCUUCCAUCUUCGUUGGGGGACCCCUCUUCGAUACCAGGUAGCGGCGCGACGAGAGAGUCUCUGUCCUUCCUUCCUUCUGCGGCUCUGGCGGUUGCGGCACCCGAGUCAUCGUCGAGCGCGUCUGCCUUUUUCUUUUCUCCGUUGUAUCCUCAUUCUUCUGCGUGUCCGCCGUCGUCUUCCGCCCCUGAGUCCGCCUUCUCGUCUCUUCUUCUGGCCUCGUCUCCGCCUCCCGUCUCGGCGUUUUUCGCGUCGCUGCUGCAGGCGGAGCAAGAGAAGCGCCGGCAACGUGCACAGCAGAGACAGGAGAAGCGCGAGCGACGAUUUCUGCAGGAGCUGCUUCGCGGCUUCGGCGGGCGCACUUCGGACUUGGACAUCCCGAUUCCGCUUUGCCUCUUCCCGCCACCUGCGCGGCGCACGUCGCACCUCAGCGCCAUCCAGAUGUGGCAGGAGCUGCGCAGCCAGGCUUCCCCGUACGCCACGCGAGCCGAGAGCAACAGUCGCGCCUCGCGGGCAGGCGAGAAGCGGAACUCCGCCGCCGGCGAGGCUUCGCGAGACGCCCACCACCCCGCGGGGCAUUGUGCGUCUCCGCUCUUUCCUCAGCCGCUGCCGCUGCUGUCGUCCUCCACUUCGCGCGCGCGCGGCGACGCGGGCGUCCUGCGGCGCGGAGGGGAGAUGAGCUUUUCGCCCUCCUCUUCCGCGCCUUCCUCAUCGCCACUUUUCGCGGCGGCCGCCGAGCACCGCGGCGGCGCAGGCAAGGCCGCAGCGUCGCCUUUCUUUCCGGCGACGGGUGGGGGGGGGCGCGACGCGGCGUCUGCGAGGCAGAAGGCGGGCGGCGCCGAGGGCGCGGGGUCGCCGAGCGCGCGGGGCCCCUCCGGCUUCCCUUCGGCGACGGCGCGGGGCGACGCCGAUGACGCGCGCGGGCGGGAUGCGGCCGCGGUCGCGGAGGGCCGCAAGGAGAUCGAGGAAGUGAGUCUGUCGCUGAUUCGGCGGAGCCCCGACAUCUUGUUGCUGCCGAUUCAGCAGCAGGAGCUCGCGCUGCAGCAGCAGCUGCACCAGCUGAUGCUCUGUCGGCACCUCUGGGCAGAGAAGAUGGACCGCAGUCUGUUCCCGCCACCUCUGAUCUCUGAGGAGGGCAGAACUGCGAAAAUCAUCGACGCCCCUCCGAUGAGCGCAGCAGGGGCAGCCGGCGCAGACGCUGCAGGCACCGUUAAAGCCGUCAGAGACCGAGAGAAAGUCGACGACGCGAGCUCGCCGGCGACCGGCGAGGACCGCGCAGGCAAAGGCGACCGACACGCGAACAAGCGAGGCGCCGCAGCGACCGCGGCCAGCGGCGGAAGGAAAGCCGGCGGCGACGAGAAGAAAAAGGGCAGGGGCGAGAGGGAGCGCGAGGAAGCAGACGAGCGAGGGAAGCCAGGCGGAGACAGCGGAGACGACGCGUUCCCCGCGCAGCUCACGCCCUCGGAGCUCAUGAAGGAAAUCUUUGGCCUGCAAAAGCUCCCUGGAAGCAAAGCGUACCGAAAACUCAAAGACCCGCGCAGCGGGCCCCCCUCCUGGGGCACGCAGGUGUGGUUUUCUUUGGGCCGUCGCGCAGAGCUCGAGUUUCUUCUGCGGCGGCAUUUUCACCCCGAGAUCUGCAGGAAGGCGGCCGCGGCCUCGCCCGCGAAGUGCCGCGGUCCCGCCGAGGCCUGGGCCGUGGGGGGCGGCUCCCCGGCUGCGAGCAAGGCGCGCGCGUCGCCGUCGCCCCCGUCGCCGUUCUCGAAGAAACCCAAGUCGCCCUCGGCCUCCUCAUCGGUCUCUUCAGACUCGCGGAAGCCUCUCACGCGGAAGAGCCGCGCGAAUGCCAAGCCGCGCGAGGAGGGCGAAGAGGCGGACGACGACGACGAGCGUGAGGACGAGGAGCCUCAGGGCGAUGAGGCGGGCGACGCCUCGGCCGCCUCCGCGGGGGCCGCGACGGGCGGGGGCGAGGCCGCGGAGACUGCGCGGUCGCCUGGAGGUGCAGAGAAGAAGGACGACGACGAGGACUGUGUCCUGCAUCCGCUUCUCUUGCUCCGCAUCGCCAACUGCGAGUGGCGAAUUCUGCGAGACUGCGUGCCCGAUGUCGUGGAGGUCUUCAAGCAACAAGUGCGCUGCUUCAAGCUGAAGAGGAACCCCUACGUGACCACGCUGCAGCAGCAGGUGGACUACAAACUCGCGGUGAUGAGCUCGCUGCGCUCGCCGUUCUACCGCGUGUCGUCUCCGUUCGCCGAGCACGCCAUCCGCUUGAUUCUGCGCCAUCGCACGGGGUCGGUGACACCGCUGUCUCUCUCGCUGUGUCUCGAUGGCGAGGGCGACGCGGCGAAGGAGGCGCGGCGCGAGUGCGACGCGGCGAAGGAGGCGCAGCGCGAGGGCGACGCGGCGAAGGAGGCGCAGCGCGAGCGCGGCCGCGACGACGAGCGCGGCGGCGACCGUCUCGGCUCGCUGGCGCUCCGCAGUGACGGCGACGACCGGGCGGCCCGCGAGGAGGAGGAGGAGUUGCGGCGGCGGCAGGAACUCCUGCCUGCCUUUUUGGCGGUCAAGCGCGAGGGACUGGAUGCUCUGGGCAGGCUGCGCAAGAAAGAGGACAGCGCGCGCGACGAGAUGCACCACUCAGCGCUGCGUCUGAAGAUCCUCUUGCCCACGGCCGGCGGCCUGCCGCUCGCGUCGUCGACGCCGGGCGGCGCGUCGACGCUUCCGCCGGCGCUGGGUGGCUACGCCCCAGGCCUGUCGCGGGAGAGUCCCUUGCGGCAUCCGCUCGCCCCACUGCUGGCUGACCACCGCGAGGCUCAGCAGGAGGCGCUGCCGUCUCCGUUUCCCGUCACCGCAGGCGCGGGGCAAGAAGAGGGGGACGGUGUGGCGCAGCUCUCGCCCGACUGCGCGCGGCUGUUGCACGUCGCGGAGCAGGGCGAAGGGAACGUCUCCGCGGCGAUUGUGGAAAUGCAGGAAGACGAAGAAUUCCUCGCCUUCCUCGCGCUCUUCCCGUCGCCGGCGCACGCCGUUCGCUUCUUUCUCACGCGCCUCGCGGGGGAGCCGACGCCGGGCGAGAAAGCCGCGACCCUGCGAGGCGCGGAUGGGGCGUCUGGAAGCGACGACGCGGAGGACGCGGCCGGCAGGUCUGUGGAGGCGGCAUUGACGCAUCCGUGGGCGACUUGGCUGCGGUGCUUUCUUCCCUCGACUCGGGGUGCGCGGCCUGAGCCGAUCCCGCGGCCGCUGGUGGCCUCGACGUCUCUCUCGUCCGGUUUCCCGGCCCGGGGCCAUCUUUCACCGUCUUCGCCUCUCAGCUGCGUGCUUCCUCGCAGCGCGUUUGCGCAUUUUGGCACUGUGAAGGACUUUCCGCGUUUCGUCUGCGGCGGCGUGGAUCGCCUCAGGUGCACGCGGCGCCGGCGGUUCCGCGUCGAGGUUCGCAAGGGAGCGGGCUGCCUGGCGACAAGCUUCUCCUUCUCUUUUUCCUUCUCGCCGUCGUCGUCGCUCUCUGUGGCGUCCGCGGCGCCUUCGCGGUGUCUGUCGCCGCUCAAGCGCCGCGAAAGGGAGCGCGAGGAAGAGGCGCGACCGCGGUCGGAGGGCGAGGGACGAGCGGAGACAGACGGUGGCGGCGGCGGCGCGUCUGCAGGCGACCAGGCGAGGAGCCCAGACGAGCCACGCAAGAUGGAAGGAACAUCCGAGAGGGACGAGCGCCUCGAAUCCGAGGGGCGGCCUCUCCCGCCCGCCGUGGCGGAGGCGUCCUCUGCGGGCGCGGCUGCCGCGCAGAGCUCCUCGAAGAAGAAAAAGUCGAAGAAGGGCAAGAAGGACGGGCGGAAGGAGGAUCGGCGGGAGGAGGAAGACGGCGCUGGAAACUCGAAAAACGACAAAGACACCGCCCUCGAGGACGAAUGGGGCGCCUGGAGUCUGGAGCGCGUCGGUGUGGGCGGCAAGUACUAUCGCAUGAUUGAAGUUGAAGAGAUUCCCGAUGAAGAGCUCGCGCAGGCUGUCUUUCCUCCCUUCCUGGCGUCCUUCUUCGAGGGAGAGACACAGGCGGAGGCGGGGGCGGCGGCGGGGGCCGAGGGCCGCAAAGAGGAGACAGAGGACGGCAAGAAAGCGAGCGGCGCGGACUGCGGAAAGCUGGACGGCGCAGCAGACGGCGGAAGCGAGAGUGAAAAACAGAAAGACUACCUGCGCACGGAGGCGCUCUUGAGGCUCUUCGAGUACCGACAAAGCGUGCCUGAGAAACUCGAACCGGGUCUGGCUGUCCACUUUGCCAGCAGUUUGAUUCCAGGGAGUCACGUGGCGUGGUGGGAAGGCGUGAUUGUGUCGGUGAAGGAGCACGAGACGACGAGUAGUUUGCUGGGGUCGCCUUCGUUGCCGGUCUCAUCGCCGUUCGCCGCGGCCUCGAAGGCGCCGCCGGCCUCGCCCGCGUCCCCCACAUCCGACAAAAGGAAAAAGGGCGCCCGCGCGGCUUCCUCGCUGGCUGUGAAGGAGGAGGGCGAGCAGGACGCUGCGGAACAGCGCGCGGACGGGAAGCGACGGGACAAGCGCGGGAAGACUCGCGGGGCGGGAGGCGGCGAGGACGAGCGAGAGGACCUGCGAGACAAGGACGACGAGGAAGACGAAGAGAAAGGCAGCUGGGUGGAAAUCGCCUACCAAGUGGGGCCAGCGACGGUGAAGAGAGCGUUCACGUCCUUCCGGCUCUUCAUGCCGCAGAACGUGCCCCUGGCGGAGCCUGCGGAGGGCUGCUGGCGUCUGCGACCGCGUGCGCCACUCUUCUCCGCGCCGCCGCCGUCGCUGGCGCAUUUCCUUCGCCUUCUCCGCCGUCAAGAGCGCGAAGCCGAGGCGCCUUUAGAGCUCGCGGCCGCGCAGUCUCCGCCUUCAUCGUCUCCUUCCUCAUCGUCUCCGUGUGCCGCCUCGCCUGCCACCUCGCCGUCCGCGGACCUGGAGCGUGCGCUGGUGGAAGAGAGCGCGGGGGAGGGCGGGGAGGUGCGGCACCGGUACCGCGUCUCGCUGCUCGCGCGGGACGUCUGGCCUGGCGCAGUCGUCUGCGUGCGCAUGGAAGAAAAUCCACACGAGCUCCACGACGCACUCGUGCUCAACGUGCUGACCAGUCCGUGCUGCUGCGGUGCCAGCGCGGAGCGCCUCGGCCUUGGCUCGGGCUCCGACGGCGAGGACGACGCCCUCUCGCAGGGCGACCUCGACGAGGAGGACGCCCGCGAGUCGCAGGCGGCGCUGGAUGGAGCUGCAGGCGAUCCGCGGAGCCCUGACGGGGGCGAGAAAGCACGAGGCGGCGAGAUGCGAAAGGGUGAGGCGGGAAGAGGAGGGGGCGACGCGCGCGCGUCGCCCCCUCCUCGCGCGCGCGGGCGGGGCCUCCGCCGCUGCGCGUGCAGCUGGACGUUGGGCUCGGCGGCGGAGGCGGGCCGGGGGCCUUCGACCGAGGCGCUGCAGAUCAAGCCCUCGGCGCACCCACCGCCGUCCACGCUCUCGACUCCUGCGCCCCCGCGCGGCGAGCCAGCGCCUCCGCCGGUUUCCCAGCUGCGCUGCGCGCUGGAGGGCCGGCGGCAGUUCGCGCCGGAGGGUGCGGGGGCCGCGGCGCGCGUGACGGCGGUCAAGUUGCUCUACUUUGCAGACGCGGCGGUGGAGUGGAUUUCCGUAGACGUGCUCCGCUACCGGCUGUGCUACGACAUCCAUCCGCAGGACGCGUCGGUGCCUCUGGCGCUGCUCAGGGCCCACUGGGUCUGGGUCGUCCCGCGCUUUGUGGCGCCGCUGCCGCCCAAGCUGCACCACCUUCAGGAGCUUCUGGCGGCGCUGACAAACGCGCCCGCAUCGCUUGCGGCCUUCCCGGCGGGGGCGGCGGAGGCGCUUCUCGGCUCGCAGCUGGAGGCUGGCACCGCGCAGAGUGUGCGCGACGACGGGCUCGGGGGGCUGACAUCGUCGGCGCUGAUUCACACGGUGUUUUCGCGCUACCUCCGCGUCGCGCCCGGAACGCCGUCCUGCGCCAAGUCGACCCUCUGGUACGUCCCCGUUGACUUGCAACUCCACCCCGCGUGCCUCCCGCCCUUCAUCCACGUCGCCGCCUCGGCCUUCCCCUCGAACCUCAAAAAGCCUCGCGAACGCCGCGCGCGUCAAGACGAGGGUGCCCACGCCCCGGCCGCCGUAGGGGGCGGAGGAGGAGGCGACGCGCCGAAGUCUGCUGAGGAGGCGGAGCGUCAAAGCAGAGAGAAGCGCAGGAGCGAGGAGCUCGAUGAGGACGAGUCGGAGGAGGCGACAGCCAAAGGCGCAGCGGCCAAGAAGAGGAAGAAGAAGGGAGAAGACGACAAAGAGCAGAGAGACGAAGACAAGGAGCUCGCGCCGACCACCGAGGACGGAAAGCAUCUGGACGCGCCGAACGCAGAAGAGCACGCGGCGAGCCAGGAUCCACUUAAAACAGACUCGUCGGCCGCCUGCGCGUCGCCCGUGCCCGAGCUGUCCUCAUGCAGGUCCUCUUCCUCUUCCUCAUUCAGUUCCUCUUCCUCUCCCACUUCUUCGGGCUCGGGCUCGGGCUCGGGCUCGGCGGCGAGUUCGAGCUCGCGUUCGUCUUCCGGGUCUGGAUCGAGCAAGCGGCGGAGUUCGGCGUCAGUGUCGGAGGACGACAAGUCUGCAAUUUUCUUCGCGCCGACGAUCUGCAAGUUCCUGCAGCCCGAUCUCGAUCCGCGCGCACUGCUUCUUCAGAAUCUGUGGAGCUACCGGUUCCCCUCGAUGCCCUACUUCCCUCCCCACACCGCCCCUGCGGUGGGGGCGAUGCUCGCCUCGGCGCAGACGUCCUCUUCUUCGGUGUGCCCGCGCCACACGUUUCUAGGCCGCGCGCCGCUCUUCUCCCCUCUCUUUGCGGGCGGCGACCGGGCCGGCGACGCGGGCGCACAGGGGCCCGUUGCCAGGGAAGACCAGCAGGGCCGCACGAAGCGAGAGCGCGAAAACUACGACGUGGAGACAGGCGAGGCGAGGGAGCUCGCGACCACGGUCGGAACGGAGACACAGGAGACCGAGGGGAGACAGACGCUGCCCAGGAGCGAAGGAGACGCGAACGAGAACGAGGCGUUGGCUAGCGCGGUGCCUGGGAACGACGCGGUUUGGACAGCGGCGGAGGCGCAGGGCACGCGGGACUCGGCGAUCGGCAGCGGCGGAAGCGGUGAGGCUCCAGGCCUCGCGACGACCGCGGUCGGAGGCAGUCUGGAGCCCAAAGGGAGGGACCCCGCGCAGACGGCGGCAGGCGGAGAGGAGGCGAAUGAAAAGAGUGGGGCGUGCGCGUGCGUAGAUGGGUCCUCUUCGUUGCGUCAGGAGGGCAAACUCGAAGGCGAAGACGAGGCCGCAUCGGGGACGAACGGGAAGAGACAAAGAGACAGGUCGGCUCCUGACGCGCCGCGCGGGGUUGCGGGCUCGCCAGACGAAGAGUGCAGCUCUGACUCUGCACCCGGCCCUCGGGAUGAGGCGCGAAGUUCGUCGAAACACGGCGGCGGCGGAGGCGCAUUGCCAAGAUUCUGCGAGGAGGCCGUCGUCGGGCGGGCGGUGGGGAGGGGCUCUGAGAGACUGAAGAAGGAAGAAAAAGGGGGCGACCCAGCCGCGGGCGCUUCUGUAAAGCCAGGGCUCGCGACGCCGGGAAGCGGCCCUGACGGGCUCGAGGCCCAGGCGCUCAGCGCGCGAGAAGAGGACAAGAAGAACAGAAAGCGAAGGCGGACGGCGGACGGCGACGGAGAGGCGGGCGGUGCAGCGAGUGAGGGACGACUGGGGGUCGAGGAGGAGGAGAAGGAAGAAGAGACUUCCAUCGCCGCGACGCAUGCGAACGGCGCCCGCCCCAACACACGGAAGCGGGUCUCGACGAGAAGGCCCUCGCUUGCUCCGCAGCCGGCGGAGGGCGAGGAGACGCUGGCCAGCGCGAAGGCCGAGCCAGACGGAGACAGGGACGAGCGGAGAAGGCGGCAGGACAAGGAAGACAUCGACUCGAGUGCGCUGGGUGACGAGGACAGGAAGGGCUUCGCCGAGAGAGAGAAAAAGGGGGAGCUCGGGCGGCGCCUGGCGAAGAGGAAACCCGCGCCGGCGUCUUUCGCAGCGGCCACGUCUGCGCUUUCCAGCGUUGUCUCUGUGCCGUCGUCUUCGUCUCCUGAGGGGGAAGACGCCUGGGUGGGGGAGAAGAUGGAUCGAGAGACUGCGGAGAGAGAAGAGGAGUUUCCUUCCGCCGCGGCUUCGGCGGCUUUGAAACAGAGGCGAGGCGGCAAGCGAAUGCGGCGCGGGGGCAGCGUGGAGGGCGAGAGAGAGAGCAAGGAGGAGGUGAAAGACGGCGAGAGAGAAAGCAAAGCUGCGAAAACAGCACAGAGGGACAGCUCGGGUAGGGUGGUGGAGGGCGCAGCCCUUGCGUCUGACGCGGCGCCGCUUGCCGCCGUCCUCCUCACCAGGAACGAAGAAGCGUCGCUUUUCGCCACAUCUUCGCGGUUCAGCGAAGUGAUUGAGAUCGAGAGCGUAUCGACGCCUGAGCCGGUGUCGCGGCCCGCCCUCGAUGCCUACGAUACUCUCGCGUUUUCGAAAGAGGGCGAGAGCGACAUCUCCCAGUCUGCGAUCCCGUCACUUCCUUCGUCCUCGCCGGCGGCCUCUGUGGCCUUCUCGGGCGCCGAGGAAGGCGCAGGCUCACAGGUGCCCGCCCAGCGGCGAGAAGGCCCUUCGGAGGGACGUGCCUCAGACGCGUCGGUCAGCCUUUCGCCGCCCGCGCCGGGGGGAGGCGCCCGCCAAACGCGCAGUCAGCACCGCAGCGCGGACUCGAGUGGGAGGUCCAGAGACGUGCUGGCGCCGCUCUCUUCGCCGGCCUCGUCGCCAUUGUCGUCUCUGUCGUGUGCCUUCGCGCCGGCGCCCUCGGGGCUCAGAGGCGCGGAGGGCGAGCGGGGAGAGGAGCGGACCUGCGAGCACUUGGGCGCCGCCGCUGCGCCAGCAGCGCCCCUGGCUGGAGGCCGCGCCAGACGCGCCGAGCGCGACCGCGGGAGAGACGACGAGGAUGGGCGGGAUGAGGACACGAGGCGACUCAGCGACAAGAUGCAUGCGCCGCUGGAGUGGCAUCAGCUCACGUGGACUACGGAGGACGAGGUGGAAGAAGAGAGGAAGCGAGACACCAAAAAGGAAAGCCGAGGCUCGAGAAAGAGACACGUCAAGGCCUCAGGUGCCUCGGCCGCGCGCUCUCCUCUCGCGGCGAUGGACACAUCUUCCUCAUUCGCCGCGGCCUCUGCUCUUCGCGAGGCGCAUGCAGACAGUGCGGCAGAGGGUGGAGACUCCGAGCAGAACUGA